AGAGAAAAUCGCUCAGUAGUAAUCGAACGUGAUUGGCUUUUACUUUUAGAACCAACAAAUCAACGUCGAGUGUUGACAAGACGAUAACUGAGCGCUUUCUCUGCCGAACGCGGUCAAUGCUUAUUGGCCAGUUGAAAGUUGAAAGUAGGUAAAGACUGCGAUUUUACUUAACGUUUGUCCACGUUGUCGGAUACGGUGAUCGGCUAUCAGUUAGAAAACCGAUAGAAGAAUUCUUAGAAUCUCGAUAGAGACUCUAGGAAUUCUUUAUUCGAUAGCCAAUCGUCGCAUCUGGCAAUGUCGACAAACGAAGUGAAAUUGCACCCGACUACGCCGAUAUCACAUGCGCGCGCAUUCACGCGCAUGUGUGUCCGUCGUGUUUACAAACUUCGUCGAUACGUCAUACGCGCGGAAGCGAAGGAACGAACAAGAAAUCAAGAGCUUGGAAAGAUUAUAUCUGUGUUAAUCGUUGACGGAUUCUUGUCACGUUAUCGUGAUGUCGAUCAGGCCGCUUUGGCCCGAUUUACGGCCGCGAGCGACCGAUCCGCUGUGGUUCAACGCCGAUCGACCGUGCGAUGACGAGACCGAAGUUGCCGCUCUUGAAGCGGAGCACCAGGCCUGGAGAGAUCAUGUGCGGGUGCAGGGAUACGAGCACAUCCCGAUCGGGAAGACAGUGAGCGACUUCAGAGGAUCAGAAGGCGAAGAAGAGGAGGAGGAGGAGGAGGAAGGCGAGGGCGAAGAGGAAGACGAAUCGGAUACCCACGAGGAGGAGGAGGAGGAGCUCGAUGAGAUUGACAUGGAAGUCAGUUAUUCCCAUCAUCCGCAGAGGUCUAGCCCAACGGAUACGGUGACCGCUCCCGUGUCCAUUAGAAUGGUCAAUGCAUCGAACUUGACUCGUUAUUCCUAAUAUUUUCGCGUGUCAAAUGUAUAUUGAUUAAUUACUUAAUCACUUAAUCUCGCGUAACUAUAUAGCAACGUCGUAAUCGUUCUAUUUCCAAUUCUAUCGUAAAUUAUUUAUUAAAGUCAUAUCAGAAUCACGUCAAUCGAUAACGUGAAUAAAGACCUAGCAUUCUUUCCUUUUCUCUCUUUCUUUUUUUCUCUCUUUCUUCGAGAGGACAGGGAAACAUCGCUUUUCUCUGAAAUUAUUUUUAUCGUGAGGAAGCUCGUCGAUUCCGUCGUUCGGCGUUCCGAAAUCGAAACUCCUGCUCGCUCGCUCGCUCGUGCUUAGUCUUAGGUCAAGAACCCGACGUGCGACUAUAAGCCGACGUCGAUUCUAAGCGGUGCAAAUUCCAUCGUGACGUUGGAAAUUGCACAACCAGCGAAUUCGACGUUCGUGGCAGACGUCCGGGGGCGUCUCUUCGCGGACCGAGGCAUCCUCUCUUCCAGGCCCAAGAAACGGUCGACGAAGUAUUACCGCGGACAGUAAUGUCUUCAUUCCUUCUAUACGUCGAGAGUCUCUCUCGAGAGGAGAGGAGCGACUCGCGCUUCGUCCGGAGCGGUCGAACAAAAGCGCUCGUCUUUUUCCUUUUCCUUCGCGGUCCCGCGUCUUUCCUUCUCUUUCCAUCUUUCUCUUUCUUCGGAACGGACCGGCAAAGUCGCCUCGUUCACUCAUUCUCUCUCUCUCUCUCUCUCUUUCUUUCUCUUUUUGGCGAGGAGCUGUGGAAUCGCGUCGUGCUCGACCGGGACACUCUCAGUACGCUCCCUGUAUACCCACCUAUACUAGGUGUAAGUAUACGCGAGAAUGUAUUAUAUACCUUUAUACAAGGUGUCCAGAAAUACGCGCUUAAAGGCACCGUAACGUGAUAGCUUUUAUAAUCCGCGAACGAUAAUUCUUCUUUUUUUUAAUACAGAAAUUUAAACUUUGGCUAAUUAUAAUUUAUAGUUGAACAAUCGAAUGAUGACUUCAUCAACCGUUCGUGCAUUUCACGCUAAAAAAAAAAAAGUUAGUCAUGCGAUUCGCGCAAGUGGAUUAUUUUAAAUAUACGCGAUUGACAGGCAUUUUAGUUAUUUAAUUUUUCAUCAUUUUUUGUGCUCCGGUAUUUUUAAGUGCAAACCUCUGUGUGGGCAUGUAUAUAUAUUAUUAUUAUAUAUAGUUUUCUAUACAUAUAUAUAUAUGUGUGUACAAAUUUUUGUAUAAAAAAUACAUGCAUUUUUAUAUACAUA